GGGAAAAUUGCUGCGCGACGCUGACUCUGCUCAGUCGCUCUUGGAGACUGCCGCACAUCGCGUCGCCCACACAGCAUCAACUUCAAAACAUAUCGGGCAUACGGAGGAAGUGGGGUAUGGUGGGGUUUAUCGAAGGCUAACAGCUACUUAACCAGCCGGGGGAUAAAAUCAGCCUGUCCGAGCCGUGCUGGAGUGAUUGGUCCAGUUCCUGUCCAUCCAGUGAGUCCAGUGGCUGUCGGCCCUGUGAGCAGCUUGAGGGGUCUGAGAGCUGUGGAUUGCAUCAUUAUGGAACAAUAGCAGUGGGAAUCAAAGCUCUCCCUCCUCCUCCUCCUCUUCCUCCACGUCCUCACCCAUUUCUUUUUCUCUCAGCCUGACUCUCCACUGAAACCCUCCCCCUAGCAAGUACACAGUCACCCACACACAUGCAACCGUCUGACCACUCCUCCCACGCUGGUCAUGGUCUACUCCCCCGGUCUCUCCAGUCAGUCAGGCAAGGCCUCCCUCAGGAGAGAACAUGAGGGAGAACAGAAGGCAGCAUAAAGCUCACAAAGGGAGGAAGAGAAAGCGAGAGAGUGAGUGAGAGACACUGACUCUGCCAUUUAUUUGACCGGAGGAGAAUGAGCUUCACAGGGCAGUGGAUGGAAUUCAGUGGUGGUGAGACUACAUGAUGUGGGACUGGCACUAUUACCCCACGCUUAUCACAAAUUGGACCAGCAGUCAACUUUGGAAAUAUUUGCCACAUACAAUUUUGGAAUUUUAAUAUUUUUUGGAAUAUUUUUCUAUUUUCCCUCUCCUUGGUGGUCUCUCUACAUUAUAGCCUACCAAAAGUGCCUUUUUUGUGUUACUUUUGCCAAUUUUUUUUCUCAUCUUACUUCAUAUUCAAAUUGCAUAUUUCGACAGAUUAUUGCUAGUAACUUAACAUACAGUAACCAUCACAUUAAAUGUGUGUUGCCAUAUUUUAGGUACAGCCAAGACACCUGCCUCCAUCAAAUACACAUUUGAGAAUCAUCACUCUAAUGAAUUUUAUUUCUGCUCGGGGACAGUGUAUUUAGCCUCACCAUUAAAUCCCUGAGAGUCAGGUUACUCAAGACUAGCGUGACUUUCUGCACUGCCUCCUCUGGAUCUCAGUUUUUGACGACAGAGCCAUCGCCAUGGUCACUAUCCAGUCUAAAUGGCGCUACCUUUUCAUGUUCCUGGGAAUACAGCUGGUGGUCAUGGCACUGCUGUCUCGGGAGGGAUACCAGAAGAGAGUCAACUACUUCAUCCGCAUCUUCCGCAAGCCCGACUCCACUGGUUUGUCAGGCCGCAACCACACAGGAGCCAGCAUCGCUGGAGGGGAUGUAUAUGCCAACCUCACCCACUUAUCCAAAGCUAAUAGCCAUGCAGAUGAAAUGCCCUACUGCCCCAAGACAUCCCCUUUUAUAGGUGGACCAAUCCACGUCAGUUUUCCAUCAGGUCUCACCCUGUCAGAGGUUCAGAGGAAAAAUCCACUCGUGGUACGUGGAGGACGCUAUAGGCCACCUGACUGUGAGGCGUGGCACCGAACAGCCAUCAUCAUCCCCCACAGACACAGAGAACACCACCUUAAGUUCCUGCUCUACUACCUACAUCCUUUUCUGCAGCGACAACAGCUCAACUAUGGAAUUUAUGUCAUUCAUCAGGCCGGGAACUACACUUUUAACAGAGCCAAGCUGAUGAAUGUGGGUUUCCGUGAAGCCAUGAGGGAGGAAGACUGGGACUGUCUCUUCUUCCAUGACGUGGACCUCAUUCCAGAGGACGAUCGCAACACAUACGUCUGCGACUCCAACCCUAAGCACGCAGCCAUCGCCAUGGACAAGUUUGGCUACAAGCUUCCGUACAAGAUGUACUUUGGAGGAGUGUCAGCUCUGUCGCCACUGCACUACCUCAAAAUGAAUGGGUUUCCCAACAACUACUGGGGCUGGGGGGGAGAGGACGAUGAUAUUGGAAUCAGGGUGUCUCUAGCGGGGAUGUAUAUCACUCGUCCAUCACUGAAGGUUGGUCGUUACAAGAUGAUUAAACACAAGCUGGACAAAGGAAAUGAUGUUAACCCAAAAAGGUUCAAUAUGCUGGCAAAGACACGUCAGACCUGGAAAUUGGAUGGGAUGAACACAGCUGAAUAUGAGAUCAUCUCAAGGCAAUACCUGCCCCUCUACACCAACAUCACUGUCAACAUUGGCACUGAGGCCGGUCUACACGCACCUCCUCCAACACCACCUCCUCCCGCCAAAGCUGCAGGCAAACCUGCGGCCAAAGCACCAGCCGAAGUCCUAGUAAAAGGCCCCGCAAAAAACCCUGCCAAACAGAAAAAGGGCCACUCAGAGAAACAUUCUACCCUAAAUGAGCGCUAAUCAUGUUUCACAUUGCCAUUACUUCAAUAGGAUAAUCCUAUCAGUACAUGCUGUAGGAUGGUGACUUUUCUUCUCAGUGGCCUGAAGUUUUUCGCUCAUUUUAAGCUUUUUCUGCAGGUAGUCAGGCCGUCAUUUGGGUGAUUAACGCACCUGGUUUAUUAAAAAUAAAAACAACAGACAUGAAUUUCUCAACCCUUAGGUGAUGGCUCACCACCUUGGUUCCUACGAUCCUCUUACAUCACUGAUUAUUCUUCCAAGGGGGGAGCCACAGCAAAGAGAGAAGGCUAAAAGUUGGACUCUAUGAGUUUGUAUAUCUACAGCGCUGUGGUCGCUGGUUAAACCUUGUGAUGCCUUAGAAUCUUGUUAUUUUUUUGUCUUUUCACUCGUGAUUUACAUUAUUUAGAAUACUGGGUUUAAUGGAGCAGUAGCUGCAAUUCCCAGUAGUCGCACUGUGCCACAACAGAGUCUGACUUGUUUUUUUUUUGUCUCAAAGCCAAUGAAUACAUGAGUGACAGUGUGUUUCCAGUUGAAUGUGUGAAGCUGCUACAGUGAGUACUAAAUGAAGGAACUUGUAUUACUGUAACUACUAUUACUGCUUCUGACAUAACAGUGCACAUAUCCGUAUAUCUGUCUUGAAAUAUCUGGGCCUUAGAUUAGAAGGGGUUCCUAAAGAGAGAUGCUGUUCUACUUAGGUUUAGCUUGUAUAUCAAAAUAUAGGCUAAAGCUUUCUAAUGUUUUCAAAGCUAAGGAUGCUGUACACAUACAUUUUCCUCUUAUCAUAUUCAUUAGAAUUACCAGUGGGAACGAAUAAAGUGAAAGCACUUCAGUUCUGUACACCAAGGCCAAGGUACAGUUCCUCUGUGUAGCGUUUAUCUUAGCAUAAUCAGUGCAUUCAGAUCAGCCUUUCAAAUAAUUUCCCUAUAUUUCAGCAUAUCCACUCUCUACAACAUUUGAUACAAUUGUCUUUUUUUUCCUGGUGUUUAUGUGUAUUUGCCUUUAUCAAAUACAGCAGCUCUUGGUGACUCAGAUCAGUCCUCUGCCUUCAGAUGAGCUUGCGAUUCACAUCAAAAUAGUCUCUUUGCUUCACCUUUUUACAUACGCACACACACACACACACACACACACACACACACAGAGAGAGAUUAUGUACAGUUUACUAUACAGGUCUUCGGUAAAUGUCACCCUCAAGACUGCGGGCUUGCUCCCUCAACACUUUAUAUGCAGUGAACCUUGAUAAUGUGCUAUUUUUUAAAAAUAUCUUUUGCGCCUCUCCUGUCCCUCAUCUACACAAAUCUUUGAAAAUGAAAUGAACUAGAAAAAGCAUUUUCUCUGCACAAAAACAGUAACUUCUGCAGUGUCCUCAGACCAGCACAGGUCCAGUAUUGGAGAUUAGUCAAUACUACUGUUUCAACUUAAAGUAGCCACAUUUAUUCAUCUUGACAAACAAAUCUCUGUGAUCACUGUUGAUGGGAAAUGAAAGUUGUUUUGGUGUUUUCACAAGAGAACAUUUUUGAAAUUUCAAUGGUUUACUUUAAUGGAAUAGAAUUCAAUUAGUCAUUUAAAAAGCCAUCAAAAUUCUAAAUGCAUUUUUUUCAAGUUAACAUAUUGAUGAUGUGACAGUGAAACAAAGGAAAAUUUGAGUGUGUAUUAUGUUACAGGUAUCUUUGGCAAUAUAUAAUAGUUACAGUUUGGCUCGCUAAUACAAGUAAGCAGGUUGUGUUUCUUUCUCUUUUCAUUCUUUCCAUAUUCCAUAUUUCAAACACAUAACAAUUUGUCACUUGGUGUAACCGCGGUCUGUGUCUUCAGUACUGACCCAGUGUCCCCACAAUGUGACUCAGAAAACCAGUAAUUCUUUAACAAGUUAUUACAUGGAGACAUCUGCCAUGCCCUUUCCCCUUGUGCCCUUGUUCUGCAUAAGGAAUCUCUGCCCUCCUCUUCUCUUAUCUCCGGUCUGACAGAUUUUAUUGUUUACAAGAACAAAAAUCAGUCCCUUUAUCCAGUGAGCGUGGCUAAACUGACAGGCUGAAACCAAAGACAACUGCAUGGAAAGCUUUGAUGAUGGAUUAAAAAAAAAAAAAAUUGCGUAUACAUUAUGCUCCAUAUGUUAUGGUGAGUUCUGUAAAGCUGUAUCAUUCUAUAUUAACGGACAGGCCUAUUAUUUAUUCUUAAACAUAUUAGUAGCUUCUUUCAGUUCUGUGUUCAAAAAGCUCUCAGGACAAACGGCGUGUAUUCAGAUUUCCCCAAAAUUUGCAAGCAACAGAUGAAAAAAAUCAUUUUUUUUUUAGCGAAGGGAUGAGGAUAGUUUCUUGAUGAUUGAGUGUUUUUUAUUUUUAUUUUUUUCUUCCCCCCUUCAAACUCUAUAACGAAAACUUAUUUUUCUCUUCAUGUCAUUGUGGUAUUUGUCAACUGAAAGUGGACUAGAUGAGGUCUGAGAGUGGUUGCCUGUGUUUUUCUCAAAUAGAUUAUUAUAUAAAAUAGUAUCAUUUUAAUGUGAAUUCAUACUCAACUCCUAUGGCCUUAGUGACACACACAAUGCGAGUAUGCAACACUUGGGCACUAAUACAAUAACAACUUUAUAUCGAGACUAAAUGUGCAUGGCAAAGAACCUAUUACUGAAGAUAUUGGAAUGCACUAGGGAGUACAGUAGGGAGAUGAUUCAUAUCAGUGCUCACCAAGAAAAUGUGAAGCAUGCUGAAAUGUCUGUUUUGUGAACCAGAAUCUGUUGUUGUGACUGUGUGCAAAUUUCAAUCUGCCCCUUGCUGUUGUGUAAAAUUAGAGGGUAAGAGAAAGGCAUUUUUGAACAAAAUUUACAAAGGAAGCUUAUGUUUCCAAAGUCACUAUGUACAGUCUCCAUUAUUUACUGUGUAACACUUGAGCUGAUGUUUUUUUUUUUUUUUUUUUAAGUUACUUUAUGUUUAAUUUGAUUUCACUCCAUUCUGAUGUGGAUAAGCUCAGCAACAAUAGAAAGGAGUCAUCACAGGGUAGUACUCAAGCAACUAAGGACAUUGUGACUUUGUGAGUUAUUUCUGCUCUCUUUAUGAAUUCUGCACAGUCCAGAGUGGCCUUAAAUUCAUUAAUAA